UCUUGGUGGUUUUUGCUCUCAUAUUAUUGGCCAUCUUCUGGGAGUACACUUUAGAUUGCUCAGUGGAAAUCCUCCUGUUUAUUCUCCUGCCUUCUACCUCUGUGGUGUAUCUGUAGUCCGGUUGCCAGGGCUCCAAGUGGUAGUUUCUAAGGCUACUCAUAUCCUCUUAUUUUUGUACUUCUUAAGUUACUCCUUUCUCAACACCCCCUUCAACAGUUCUGAUAACUGGCCACCUUCUCUCUGUGUUGCCUUGAGCUUGACCUCUAAUCUCUUUCUCCUUAUGGCUGUUGUUCUCAUUGCCAAGUGUCCUCCUAGAUUACUGUGGUGUCUACCAUUGAAAUUGUUUUUGACAUCACAGUUAAAAGAUUUGGGAUCAUGUGUUUGUCUUAUUGUGUGUGCUGAGAGAUAUUAUGUUUAACUUUACUUUGCUAAAAAAUAAUAAACAAUAAUAUAGGUAUGUACCUUUCAGCACUUACAGUUAAGAAAUCAGCUGAGUGGAGGAGGCUGAAGGCUUUAUUUCAUAUAAACUCACUGAGUGUUACUGGUUUACCUCUUAGACUGAUUGACAUCAAAAUGAUAAGUGUUUGCUUGGAGGGAGAGGAGGACAAAGAAGAGUCUACAGUGUCCAGCUGUGUUUCUAUGAAGAGUGACUGGUCUAAGGACAAACCUCCAGACUUCAGUAAAGAACCUGGACCCUCAGACACAAAAGUCCGGAGAGCAGAGUCAACAGUGUCCAGCUGUCUUUCUAUGAAGAGUGACUGGUCUAAGGACAAACCUCCAGACUUCAGUAAAGAACCUGGACCCUCAGACACAAAAGUCCGGAGAGCAGAGUCUACAGUGUCCAGCUGUCUUUCUAUGAAGAGUGACUGGUCUAAGGACAAACCUCCAGACUUCAGUAAAGAAGCUGCACCUUCAGACACAAAAGAGAGGAAGAGGAGUCAUGUUUCUGUGGAGGAGCAGCUGUCCUGCUGUGCUUUGUGUCAGGACAUCCUGAAGGAUCCAGUCUCUACCAGCUGUGGACACUGGUUCUGUAGACAGUGCAUCACCUCAUACUGGGACCAGUCUGAUUCAUCAGGACACUCCUCCUGUCCUCACUGUGGAGAAAGAUCCAGAACAAAUGUUGGUCUGCAGGAGGUUUUAUAUGAACAUAAGAUCAGUCUGAGGAAGAGAUGUGAACGUGUGACUGAAGGAACUGAUGUAAGAGGAAGAGGAACCCUCCUCAACAGGAUCUACACUGAGCUCUACAUCACAGAGGGACAGAGUGAAGAGGUUAAUACCCAACAUGAGGUGAAGCAGCUUGAGACAGCUUCCAAGAUGAAGGCCCUCCAUGACACUCCAAUCAGGUGCCACGACAUCUUUAAAGCCUUACCUGCCCAACAGAGACACAUCAGACUGGUUCUGACCUACGGCGUCGCUGGUGUUGGAAAAACCUUCUCAGUGCAGAAGUUCACUCUGGACUGGGCAGAGGGUUUGGAAAACAUAGAUGUCAGUGUGGUGAUUGUGCUUUCGUUCAGGGAGCUGAACUUGAUCAAAGAUGAGCAGUACAGUCUUCUCAGGCUGCUCCAUGUUUUCCAUCCAACAUUACAGAAGGUCACAGCAGAGGAGCUGGCUGUCUGUAAACUUUUGUUCAUCUUUGACGGCCUGGAUGAAAGCAGACUUUCACUGGACUUCAACAACAGUGAGGUUGUGUCUGAUGUCACACAGAAGGCAUCAGUCAACGUGCUGCUGACAAACCUCAUCAAGGGGAACCUGCUUCCCUCGGCUCUGGUCUGGAUCACUUCCAGACCUGCAGCAGCCAAUCAGAUCCCUCCUACAUGUGUUGACAGGGUAACAGAAGUACGAGGCUUCACUAACGCCCAGAAGGAGGAGUACUUCAGGAAGAGGUUCAGUGAUGAAGAGCUGUCCAGCAGAAUCAUCUCCCACAUCAAGACCUCCAGGAGCCUCCAUAUCCUGUGUGGAGUCCCAGUCUUCUGCUGGAUCACUGCUACAGUUCUGGAGCACAUGUUGACUACAGAGCAGAGAGGAGAGCUGCCCAAGACCCUGACUGACAUGUACUCACACUUUGUGAUGGUUCAGACAAAGAGGAAGAAGAACAAGUACCAUGAGGGACAUGAGACGAGUCCACAGGAGCUGAUGGACAGGGAAGUUCUUCUGAAGCUGGGGAGGCUGGCGUUUGAACAUCUGGAGGAAGGAAACAUCAUGUUCUACCAAGAAGACAUGGAGCGAUGUGGUCUGGAUGUGAAUGAGGCCUCAGUGUACUCAGGAGUUUGCACAGAGAUCUUGAAAAGAGAGAGUGUGAUCUUCCAGAAAUCAGUCUACUGCUUUGUUCAUCUGAGCGUUCAGGAGUUUCUGGCUGCAGUCUACAUGUUCCACUGUUACACCAACAAGAAGACAGAGCUGCUGGAGGACUUCCUGGGAGAUUGGUAUGAUUGUGACAUGGACAACUCACCUUUGGAUAACUUUCUUUGUAGUACCAUGGAGAAAUCCCUGCUCAUUAAAAAUGGUCACCUGGACCUGUUUGUUCGCUUCCUUCAUGGCCUCUCUCUGGAGUCCAACCAGAGACUCUUAGGAGGUCUGCUGGGUCAGACAGAGAACAGUCCAGAAAUCAUCCAGAGAGCCAUCAACAAGCUGAAGAAAAUGAACACAUCUCAAUUCAGUCCUGAUAGAAGCAUCAACAUCUUCCACUGUCUGAUGGAGAUAAAAGACCUCUCAAUUCAUCAGGAGAUCCAAGAGUUCCUGAAGUCAGAGAACAGGUCAGAGAAAGAACUCUCUGAGAUUCAGUGCUCAGGUCUGGCCUACAUGCUGCAGAUGUCAGAGGAAGUUCUGGAUGAGUUGGACCUGGAAGAGUACAACACAUCAUUGGAAGGGCAACGGAGACUGAUCCCAGCUGUGAGGAACUGCAGAAAGGCUCGACUGAUUGAAUGUGGACUCUCAGAGACUCACUGUGAAGUUGUUGCCUCAGCUUUGAAGUCCAACCCUUCCUAUCUGACAGAGCUGGACAUGAGUAAAAACUGGCUACCGGCUUCAGGAGCGAAGCUCUUUGCUGGACUGGAGAGUCCAAACUGUAUACUGGAGACUCUGAGGUUGAGGUGCUGCAGUUUGUCAGAGAUCAACUGUGAUUCUCUGGUCUCAGCUCUGAAGUCCAACCCCUCCCAUCUGAAACAUCUGGACCUGAGUGAAAACAACCUGCAGGAUUCAUCAGUGAAGCAGCUGUGUGGUUUUCUGGAGAGUCCAGACUGUAGACUGGAGACUCUGGGAAUGAGGAGCUGCAAGUUGUCAGAAACCAGCUGUGAUUGUCUGGGCUCAGCUCUGAAGUCCAACCCCUUUCAUCUGAGAGAGCUAGACCUGAGAGGAAAUACAUUGCAGGAUUCUGCAGUGAAAGAGCUGUGUGGUUUUCUAGAGAGUCCACGCUGUAGACUGGAGACUCUGAGAUUGAGUCACUGCAGCUUGUCAAAGAUCGGCUGUGAUUCUCUGGUCUCGGCUCUGGACUCCAACCCUUCCCAUCUGAAACAUCUGGACCUGAGAAACAACUACGAGCUGCAGGAUUCAGGAGUGAAGCAACUCUGUGGUUUUCUGGAGAGUUCACUCUGUGGACUGGAUACUCUGAGACUGAGGUGCUGCAGUUUGUCAGAGAUCAGCUGUGAUUCUCUGGUCUCAGCUCUGAAGUCCAACCCCUCCCAUCUGAAACAUCUGGACCUGAGUGACAACAACCUGAAGGAUUCAGGAGUGAAGCAACUGUGUGCUUUUCUGGAGAGUCCAGACUGUAGACUGGAGACUCUGAGUUUGGAGAACUGCGGAUUAUCAGAGAUCAGUUGUAAUUCUUUGGUCUCAGCUCUGGAGUCCAACCCCUCCCAUCUGAGAGAGCUGGACCUGAGUAGAAACAAGCUGAAGGAUUCAGGAGUGAAGCAGCUGUGUAGUUUUCUGGAGAGUCCAGACUGUAGACUGGAGACUCUGAGACUGAAAGACUGCAGUUUGUCAGAGACCAGUUGUGAUUAUCUGGGUUCAGCUCUGAAGUCCAACCCCUCCCAUCUGAGAGAGCUGGACCUGAGUGGAAACAAGAAGCUGCAGGAUUCUGGAGUGGAGCAGCUGUGUGGUUUUUUAGAUAGUCCACAAUGUAGACUGGAGACUCUGAGGUUGAGGUUCUGCAGUUUGUCACAGAUCAGCUGUGAUUCUCUGGUCUCAGCUCUGGAGUCCAACCCCUCCCAUCUGAGAGAGCUGGACCUAAGUGAGAACUCUGAGCUGCAGGAUUCAGAUGUGAAGCAGCUGUUUGAUCUCGUGGAGAGUCCAGUUUAUAGUCUGGAGACUCUGAACUGGGAGUCAGAUGACGGGGAACAGAACGAUGUGUUUGCUGAGAGAAGAUGAGCCGUGUCCUGGUGAACCAGAGAGGUUGAAUCAGCAGCAGCAGCUUGUGUGGACAGAGACUAUUACUGCAGAUAAAUGCUGCAGAAUAAGCAGCAAGUUUAGGACUAAGGGAGCAGAUGAAAUCUUAAACAUGUGCUGAAACACAAGCAUAGACCUCGAUGCAGCCAGAGUUCAGUUUCACAUCCGUGUGUUUGUUCUGGGACACGGGAACUUAAAACAUUUUGUAGUCGAGAGCUUUUUUUAUACACAGUAUAUAUUUUUAUAUCACUAUUGGAGAAUCUGUUCAGUUCCUGUGAAUGUGUGUGUAUGAUGGAUGUUUGAAUAGAAGCAUUUGGGCAUGAGAUCUAACUGUGAAGACUAAUAGUUUUGUGUACAUAUUUGCCUUUGUACACUUGUAGGUGCUAUGAUUGUGGUUUUCAGGUGAACCUUUGAAGGUACAGGUAUAGGACGCCUUGAAAACUUCAGUCAAAGGGACCUGGUUCUGUUCAACGCACAUUUUUUAUUCAAAUUAAAAUGAGCACAGAACUAAUGCCAGUAGCCAAGAUAAAUAUCACUCUCAACCUUUUCAACCAUUCCAGUCAAGAAAAGUGAACUCAGUAAAGUUUUUAGGUUUUUAGGCCUCACUCCUUCCUACUCUACAUCUGGUAAUCGCUAUGUUCCAAGAAGCAUUAACUUGGCUUGAAGGUUGCAUAACAGCUAGAACCAAAACUAGUUUGGGUUCAACUAUAAAGAAGGAAGCUCUGUGACAAUGAUGUAGACUAAACUUUACCUCUGUUUACUACGAUGGCCACUGGUCCAAGACAAAAUCUCAACCCUACAUUUGUAUCGUUUGUCAAAAUGUGAUCAGAAAUAAAAUGUAUCACUGA